UACAGCGGAGCUACCGGAGAGAAAACGGCGGAGCCAAACCUCUCGGAAAAGUGUAAACAGUUGGGGGGAAACGGCGCAACCGAACGCCUGUUGCCGGGAUUUAGCGAUGGCAGCUGUUGUAUGAUCUUGCCAGCGGAUUUGAACGUUGUGUUUUCGCCGGAAAAAAGAGGUCUUUCUCAAAGUUGAGCCGAAGAGGAGUUCAGGAUGUCGGACUGAGACAAAGGGGUCUGGGGGGCAUUCCCGUCGGAGCGCAGAUAAAACUUGAUUUUUAAAGUCUCCUCUGGAUGGGAAAGAUGGAGAGGGAGUUACAAUGGUGGAAAGGACAGCUAGCUGCAGAUAUCCAUCAAUCGCUCCGCAUCAAGGAGCUGAAGCUGCCGGUCUACCGAGCCCACUCUCCGCAGAUCGGCAUGCGGCGGUACUUUGCAGAUUUGUUGGCCAUCCUGAGUAAUCGCUACCAACUAUGUCCGACAGCGCGCCACCUAGCCGUCUACCUGCUGGACUUGUUCAUGGACCACUACGAUGUGGCCGUCAAGCAGCUCUAUGUCAUCGCCCUCUCCUGUCUGCUCCUAGCUAGUAAAUUUGAGGAGAAGGAGGACCGGGUUCCCAAACUGGAGCAGCUGAACUCUCUGGGCUUUAUGUGCAGCCUGAACCUGGUUCUCAACAAGAAGGAUCUGAUAAAAAUGGAGCUUCUGCUACUCGAGACCUUUGGCUGGAAUCUGUGCAUGCCCACACCGGCCCACUUUAUUGACUACUACCUCCAUGCCUCAGUGCAGGAGGGCGACUUGUACAACGGCUGGCCCCUCUCCUCCCUCUCCAAGACCAAGGCUUUCAUGGACAAAUACACUCACUACUUUCUGGAGGUCUCACUGCAAGACCACGCCUUCCUGAGUUUCCGACCAUCCCAGGUCGCUGCUGCUUGUGUGGCAGCAUCUCGUAUUUGCCUUCAGAUUUCCCCAAGCUGGACGACGGCUCUGCAUCUACUAACAGGCUACACCUGGGACCACCUCACCCAGUGCAUCGAGCUAAUGCUGCUUGCUCAUGACAAUGACGUUAAGGAGGCCAACAAGACCAAAUCGACUCCUCCUCACCGGCCGUCCUCUCUGCAGUCUCAGCCUCAGACCUCUCACCUCUCUCCAGUGUCAUCCAUCCAGAGACCAGCCUCGUCGUCCUCCUCCACCUCCUCCACACCGCAGCUGCUCUUUCAGCCAGACAGCUUCCCCCUCUCCCAGCAUUCCCCAUCCCUGUCCCAGCUGCAGGUGCUGGCGGACUCCCAGGCUUUGGGGCCUGUGGUGAGCAUGUCUCAGGACUUCCUUCAGAGCCACAGGAUGGGGCUCCUAACUGGGGCUCCUUCCAUGACUCCUGGGGGUGGGUUCCCCUCCUACUCAAGCCUGACCUCGGGACUCCAGCCGGGGCCUCGCGCGCUGCCUCUCCAAGGCCCCAUUUCGGUGCAGAUGGCCCUCGCAGGAGAGCCUCGUCACUGUCUGAGUAUGGCCUACAGCGGGGGCUACCUGGGCGCCCAUCACACUUUUACAGCGGGCUGCUUUGACAGGUGACGCCAGGAGACGGAGAGGGAACACAAACCCCUGCGGGAGUGCACUGCUAUGCUUCCGACCCAAUUCCCUACCCCGAAAUAUCCUUUUACAGAUCUCCUCUCUCUCUCCGUCAGCUCCGCAACACCUUCAGCUUGUCCAACUCCCUCGUCCCUCACACAGAGAUGCCUCAAACGCAAGCAGAGGUCCAAAGGCAAGACAGACCCGGUGGAAGUCAUCACACUGACGUGACAAAUGCUCCACCACUAUGACAUACUGACGCAUUGCAAAAAUGUUACUGCCAUAUUUUGAACCGUUUUUUUUAAAUUUGUGUUAUCAAGAGACUGUCAUCACUGUGAAUGAGAUGAAAGCAGCAGUGUGAUCGAACACCCACCUCAUUCAGUGCCUCCUCUCAGUCGUGUGAUAGCUGAGCCAAUUUUAGAAGUGCACAGAACACAAAGAAUCUACGAUAAGGAUAUCUUGCUGCUUGACUUUUUAAAAAAAAUUUUAUUUCUAAUCCCAAAAAUUGAACAUUUUAGAGAAGAAAAAAAUUGGCAGUUUUUUUUAGCCACCAUAUGAGAGAGGUAGAAGAAGAAAAAGAGAGAAUUUCACGUGUCCUCUGAGUGUCAGCGAGCAUUGAUCCUGUAGCCUCUGUUUGAGCUGAAGGGCCCCUCUGAGAAUUCCUCACCACACAAGCCCUCAGAGGGGAAGAAGAAUUCCUUGUCUCGAGCACAGCAGGUGAAGUCCGCAGCUGGAUCACGCCUGCGGUGUUUUUUUUUCUUUUCUUCUCUCUCAGUCCUCAUCUCUUCUCUCCCAUCUCCAAAGUCGAGCCUUGUGGCAAAGCCUUCGCACACCCGGGUGAAAACGUGUCUCUGACAGCUGCAGGCUUUUGUCGUACUUAAGUUUUAAUUUCAGUGUCUCCGGCACCACUCAAAGAAUUUAACACAAACUGAUGUGACUGGACCAGCAUAGUGACGAAGACGUGGACGUUGUUAGUUUAUUGUACAUAUGAAUUGCUGCUGCCUUCUUAUGAAUUGUUGGUUCUGUGUCUGUGUUAAUGACUGCAAUGUUUACAUAAACCACUAAGUAUCAGGGAGUUAAACAAGAUUACUUGAAUAUGAUGCCAUUGAAACAUGCCAUAGCUUUUAUUUAUGAUGACUCAUUUAUUGCUUUUUAUUUCAUUUUUUUGUUUGAUAUAGAGUAGCUUUUUAUACCAGCUUAGAAACACACCAUUGAUUAAUUAUAGUUUUCUUUGUACCUGUUCAUAGAAACUGUUUGUUCAGGCUCAGGUUUCAAGGCUGAAACAAGCAGCCUUCCCACGAUUCUCUGCUGUUAUGCUUUAAAGUGGAUGCUGUUGCAGCAUCUGCGGGGGCUGGAAUAUUCCCCCUCUUCAUCACUGGACCGUACUCUGCUGACAAGUCGGUAACUGAAUGCAUGAAACAGUCUGUUUGCAUCGUAGUGGAACAACCUCGUGGUCGCUGGUUUAACACAACAUCUGUGGGCAGUCGACGGUAAUUGCUUCCCAGAUUUCUGAAGCUGCAAUCUUCCACUUCCUGUCAAUGUAUAAACACAUCCAGAUUCCCGGUCAGUCACAAGCGGUGCAGUUGGUUACUAUGGUGAUACCUUAAAUGACCGUGGACCCCAGGUUCUGGGAUGUUGUUACCUAAAUAAGGAACGAAACAAAUGAUUUUUUUCAUCUUUGAUCAAAGGUCCAGUGUGUAGGAUUUACGAGGAUAAAUUGGCAGAAUUGGAAAAUGAUAUAAUAAGUAUGUUUUCUUUGGUGUAUAAUUACCUGAAACAGAGGACAAUUAUGUUUUCGUUUACAUCGAUACAGGGAACGGGUUUUUUUCUCCACGGUGACAGCCAUGCACUGCCAUGUUUCAAACAAUAGCUCUAUACAGUGCCAUUCACGCUUUUGUGUUUCCAUGUCAGCCUUCGUAGUUAGCGGCCCCUCCGUCACAAGCAGAAUCUGAAGAACUAGUAAUUUUUAACAAAAACUGUUUUUGGAGAGAAAAAGGCAUCUACGGAUAAUUCAGCUCCUGGUAAAAACCUGAAAGCCUGGAUUUUUAAUAAUCAGAGAAAAAAUGUGAGCACACAUUAGCGAGCAUAUAUAUUUUAAAAAUGUGAAACUGCUUUAUUCAGUGUUUCUGCUCACCUGGUUCUUUUGUUAUGGAGAAUAAGAUAUCUCAGCGCAUAAUUCGGCUUCCAGUAAAAUCCUCCUGAACAAUGAACACUGAGGGAAUCCUAAUCGGGAUACGUAUCAGCUGGUUGCUGUCUGCAUUUCUCAUUGCUAGAUGACACUAAAUCCCCAUAAAUCUUACACACUGGACCUUUGAGGCUUUCAUUUUUUCAGUUUAUUUUGUCCAGAAAGAAAAAGACAGAAAAUAGUAAAGAAAGAAGAAAAAAAAGUCAGUUACAAUUUCCAACAGCUCAAUGUGAUGUAUUCAAAUGGCAUGAAACUGUCACUUUUUCGAAGCAGGAACCAGAGUUUUGGGGCAUUUUUGCUUAAAAAAUGACAAAAGCUGUAAUUUUCUGCUAAUCAACUAAUCCACUAAUCAAGCAGCUCUACUGUGGCCCCCCAACUUCUGCAACGAUGAUGAUGACUGAAUUUAUUUUGCUGUGGCCAUGUCGUGCCUUGUCCUCAGCAGUUUCCGUUGCUGAGCUGUGAAGCUUAAAUUCAUAAUCAGACGUGCAUCUCUCAGAUAACACUACAUGAAGCCUUCUGAAACUGCAACUCUUAUAAUCAUGACUCAUCAAACAGCUAGAUAUUGGUUUGUUUUCUUAUCACUGAAAGGGACAUGCUCGUGUUUUUCAGUGACAUGAACUAAGAUACUAUGCCUUUGUUUGAACUUUUUUUGUACAGUUUUGUUAUAUAUAUUUUUUUACAUUUGUCUUCAAUGUUUUUUAGUUAAAGCUUUUUGUGAUUCUCCUGCUUAAUUCUGUUGGUGUGAACUAAUUUUGUUUUUUAGAGUUCAACUUGCUCUUUUCUUCAUAAUUCAUGAGCAACUUCUCACUGAGGUGUCAAAGGUGCAAUAUGUUGUUUUCCUGUUGAAACUGACCACAGCCAUCACUGUCUCGUGUACACCACUGGUUCAUCUUUUGUAACUUAUUUUUGAUAAUUGUGUGAUUUGACUUGCUGUAGCUCCGUCUCCUCUGGAGAGCAGCGGGCUCUGAACACAAUGAAUAUGUUGCAUAUUGCAGCCACCUCUUUUGAGUGAUAGAUAUUACUGAAUGCUUUUGUCUUUUAGCUAGAGGUGCAUUCCCCCUCCCGUGAAAGGUGCUGAUGUCACUCACCCCAAACAACACGUGUCUAAUGUGAUAGUAAUGAAAACACAAACACCACAAACUUCCAAUUUAUAUUUUUGUAUUAUUUUGUACCAAUUUGUAGUCUUUUAUGUGCCACCGAAUGGUAGAAGGAAUUCUUUUAUCAUAACGUGCCACUGAGAA